AGCCACAGCUCAUUGCGCAGCUAACAUUGUUCGUAUCUGAAAACGUCGCCUUACGGUGCUAAUUUAUCACAUUGCGAUGAGUUUAUUUGUUCUAUACACGAGUCAAAUGCAAACAUCGAACUGCGUUAGUUGUGGGCUCACUUUUUAAUAAUUUAAAGUCGCCUUAUAGCUGUUGUUUGCUAGCGGUGGUUGUCACAUUUAGCCGGCGUGCUAGCGGCCGACACCUAGCGGCCCGGAGUUGCAUAGCGUGUUUCUGAAUCAGAAUCAGCUUUAUUGCCCAAGUAUGCUUACGCAAACAAGGAAUUUGACUCUGGUUAAAUUAGCUCUCACUGUACAUAUGCGCCAACACUUCAUAAAUUAAUAAAUAACGAAAUAGUAAGAUUAAGAUGUACAAAAGGGAUAAUAAUAUAAUAAUAGUGCAAUUCAAGUAAGUCUGUGUAAGACCGGGACAUUAUCUGUAAAAAAACAACAGUAUUUACAUUUUAAAAAACAGGAUUUACAUUCAAGGUCAACACUGACAUUUGUUCAAGUGUUCAUCAGAGUGACGGCCUGGAGGAGGGAAACCUAACUGAAAGGAUUAAACAGAAUAGAAUAGCAUAAACCUUUAUUAGUCUCACAGUGGGGGAACUUCAGUUUCACAGCAGCAAAGUGGACAGUGCAGACAAAAUAUUACAAUAGAUAAUUACCCUCAAUGACAGAUGAUGAACAUUAUACAUGCAUAUAAGGUAUAGCCAUGACCCACAAAGUUAGCCUUUUGCAGAAUAAAAAAGAAAAGAAUGGUUAAUAACAAUGCAAACAGUAGAACAUGAGAAAAAUAUUCUAAGUACACACAAGUGCAUUUAAAUAAAUUUGAAUAUCAUUGUUAUUGUUUGACAAUUUUUCAAAUUUAAGAAAUUAAGAACAUACAUGCUUGAAAUAUUUGACUGUGUAGUGAAUAUAUAGAAUAUAAGAGUUUCAUUUUCCAAACUGAACUACUGAAAUAAAUGAAUGGCCGCUUUUCCACCUCCAAGGCACUCAAAGCACAUUGACACCGCUAGCACAUUUACCUGCUGAUGACACAGCAUCAGGAGGAUAUUCUAAUUCAUUGAGCUGCACCUGUUCAACUUGUGAAGCAGACUUAUUUAUUGACUCGUAUGAAUUGUUGUUUAGUAGUCAUCAAGAAAUGGGUACUCGGGGUGAUCGGACCACCUGUCGGAUAAAGAUGACAUACAGCAUGUUGUUGUUAUUGUGGUUAUUUUUUGCCCAUUAGAACACACGUCUAUGCAUGCGUACUCACAUCAGGAGCUCCACAAAGCGAAUAUUCUUGUUCAACCCCUCGAUGGCCUUCAUGUCCUCCUCAGAGAGGCAGAAGUCGAAUAUCUGUAACGUAGACGCCAGACAAACUCCCAAGUUAGACACUGCAGUGCUUCACGAUUCUUGCUUUAUGAAACGAACCUGGAAGUUCUCCUUUAUACGACCAGGGCUAAAGCUCUUUGGGAUUACUGCAACUCCUCUUUGCAAGUUGAACCUGAGCGCAACCUGAGCUGCGGUCUUGUUGUACUUUGCAGCCAGCGACACAAGCAACUCAUCCUCCAAGAGCGGGGGGCAGGUUAAGUUAACCCUGUUUGCAUUUGAAAGUAUAUUUUAAUUGCAUAUAAACCCUUUGCAACAGACCUAAAUUGAGUGUGACUUGUCUGCGAUACCAGGAUGCAUCUCUAGAUGUUCCCAGUGGGCUGUAUCCCACAAUGACAAUGUCAUUAUUUCUGCAGUACUCCAGCAACUUUGGCUGAGUGAAGUAAGGAUGGCAUUCAACCUGAGGGGAGAAGGGCUUUUGUCUUAUUAUUAUGAUCAUCAACAGAGUUUGUCCUGCAGCUGUCAUUACAAUUGUGCAAUAUCAAUAUUUGCACCUGAUUUGACACCGGUUUGUGUUUCAGCCCUGGCUUGUUGAGGAUCAGCUCCAACUGUCGCUUGUUAAAGUUGGACACCCCGAGAGAUUUUGCCAACCCUGCGUCUUUGCAAGCUUCCAAAGCCUUUCCAAGAGGGAAAAGGGCAGUUUAAGCAAACAAAAUCCACAUGACUUUGAGCAAAUAUGAGGAAUUUGAAGUCACGUGCAGUGACCUUUAAAAGAAUUUAAUCCAGGGCUGAGUGCUGCACUAAUACUCACCUCCCAAGUAGCACAAAGAUCCGUCUCAUGAUAAAUGCACUUCCCAUCCUCAUCUUUUGGGUAGAAGGUAUCUCCUGGCUUCAGAAAAUCAACACAUAGCAACGCAUUUCUAUUCUUCAAUGUGUAUUUUUGUUGUUAUGCUAAAUACCUUAAACGCUGUGGGCAUCUCAAUAAUGUAUAAAUCGACAUAAUCCAGCUGCAGUGUCUUCAAGGUUUUCUCCAAAGCAGGCCGGACCAUUUCUGGUGGAUGGAAUGUGUUCCACAGCUGCAUAAUAAAAUAUAUACAAACUAUAUCAGUCCUUAUGUAACAGGUAACACACUAUAAUAUCUCGCAAACCUUUCCACAAUAGAAGAUAUCUUGUCUUUUCACGCUUCCAUCAGCUAUUUUGUCCCUUAUUGCUUGUCCCACCUCAUGUUCAUUGAAAUAAACCAACGCUCCAUCAAUGUGCCUGUAUCCUGUUUCUAUAGCCAUUUUCACAGCUGCAUAUGCUGUCUCUUUAGGGGUCUGUGGAAAAAAAUCAGUCAAUAAUUACGUGAGAAAAAUAGGUCGUUGAGAUUUAUUAUCAAGUGCAAUGAUUCUUACCGUGCAAGGAUCUGCGUAUGUACCCAGUCCUAUCAAUGGCAUUCUAUUCCCAUCACUAAGAGGGACGGAGUGACUGUCAGCUUUCAGGUUCAUUUUUGUCAAAUGAUGAACUGUCAAGACUAAUUUUCCAGCUGUAUCACUUGUAUUUGAAUACCCCACGGCUGAACAAAUAUGUGUCAUUUAAAUGUGCUAAAAUGGCACUGCUUGCCCUUUGGCCAUUGUAACGACGCCUCCCAGGUACAAAGUGCAACAAGAGCAAUGAAACAACAGCGACAACCCCCAUGUAUUACCGAGGUCAAUUUGAGGAAAAGCGUAGUAUUUGGCGGGCAUUUGUAUUGAAUUUGUUCUUGAGAAUGCACUGUAGCUUUAAAUAUUCCGCGGUGCAUUCUGGGUAAUGUGUGUCUGCUGUUUUGAUCGAAAAGAAGUGAUGGCCUCCUUCCUUUAAUACAUUUAUGGCCCAGUAUAACGUAUGUAGUGUGGAUUUACUUAUUUGUUAAUCAUGUGCUGCUAUUUUAAAAAUAUUUUAAUCACAAGCGUGUAUGUUUACUGUAUCGGAUGACUCGAAUAACACGUUGAAAGGAGAAGCUAGGUUGCUAAUGACGCUAGCUUCCGAGUCCCGAAUGAUUAUCAUGUCUUUAAAACGCUGUCAUUGUGCCGCUCCUGUUACCAAUUCAUAUUAAUAUGUGCGAUGUCUUCGGAUAUAACAUUUUACAAUUUAGGCUAGCCUUUGUGUCCAAACGCAACGCGACAUCGACUUCCAGGAGUAAUCAAUAGGUCUAACAUCAUUAAAAUGAACCAGGGUGGCGACUCGGUUGACAAUGACGACAUUGUCAUCAUCGUGGAAAACGAGGCUGAAAGUUUGCCACUCGGGGAAGAGCGGCCGAAACAACAAGGCGCAUUCGGACUCAUGGACACUUGUCCUAUCUGCAAGUUGAGCUUUCAUAACAGAGAGCCCAAACUCCUUCCAUGUCUCCACUCCUUCUGCAAGAGGUGCCUUCCUGCACCGUGCAGGGGUGGCGAGGCCAGACGGGAUCACACUCUGGGCCAGCAAGGGGACAGCAUGAACAAGCAAAUGGUCACCAUCCGUUGUCCGGUAUGCAGACAGGAAUGCUGGGAAAUGGACGUGCUGGAUAAUUUCUUUGUGAAGGACUCUGCUGAGGUGCCAAGCAGUACCAUGGAAAAAAACAGCCAGGUGUGUAUGAGUUGUGACGACAACACGGAGGCAACAGGCUACUGUUUGGAGUGCGUAGAGUUCCUGUGCGUGACUUGCAUCGAGGCGCACCAGAGGGUGAAGUUCACCAGGGAUCACACCAUACGCCAAAAGGAGGAAAUGUCCCCAGGUAGGACAAAAACAAAAAGCGGCCUGACGCUCGCCAAUGCGAUUUUGACACUCGUCCUUCCACACCUGUUCUUUCAUGCAGAUGCAGUGGCUGUUUCCACACAGAAACCCGUGUUUUGUGACAUCCACAAGCAGGAGCCGUUGAAGCUUUUUUGCGAGACGUGUGAUCGGCUCACCUGCAGAGACUGUCAGCUGCUCAAACACAAGGAUCACAACUAUCAGUUUCUGGAGGAUGCGUACAGGAACCAUAGGCAGUAUCUCGAGAACAUGACGCAGCAGCUGCAAGAAAAAAGGAAGGCCAUCGAGGAAUUCUCCAGCUGUAUCAGCAAUGGACUCCAGCAAGUUGAGGAAAACAGAAAGUCGGUCACAAAUGAAAUAAAGAAGGCCAUCUGCAACCUCAUUAUGGAGAUCAACAGGAAGGGGAAAGUUCUGGCUAACCAGCUUGAGUCUCUCACUAAAGAUCACGAGCUGGGUCUAAAAAAGCAGCAGGAGGACGUCAACUCUCUGCGCAGGCACCUUGACCACGUCAUCAGUUUCACCAAGUGGGCCACGGCCAGUCAAAGCGGCACAGCACUUCUCUACUGCAAGAAACUGAUUCUAUUCCAGAUCCACUACUUGAUGGGUGCAAGGUGCAAUCCUGCAAUCAUCCCUCAGAGUUCUGUCCGCUUCCAGUGUCGCUCUGGUUUCUGGGCCACAAAUGUUGACCUUGGUUCUCUUCUAGUUGACAGGAGCUCAGUUCAGCCGCCCGUCCCCAACCAACAGGCGGGACCCCGAGGAGAAGCGCCGGUCGGGGGGAUGCCGUUGUCAGCUCAGCAGCGCCAAAGCACGCUGGCCCAGCUCCAAAUGCAGGUUGACAAACUUUCCCAGCAGCCCCACAGGCAGGCCGCUCCCAACCACUGGUCCUGGUACCAGAACUCCAGGCACCCUGGCCCCCACGGCCUUCCGCCCCCGACCAGACCCAUCCACGGAGGGUCCUCCCCCUCGCAAGCGCUUACAAACUUGACCCAGCUCGGACGCAGAUAUGGGGCCCCGCAAGCCAGCACCAGGAGCCCCAACUCCUCCAUGUUGCAUAACGCUGGAUUCCCACCUCCUCAGUCCCUUCGAGACAUCGUCGGUACAUCCCGCUUCCCUUCUAAACCCAUGGAUGUAUCACAGGGCGCCUUCCGCUUCCCACACCCUGUGUCCGCUGGAGGGGCCAUGCAGGUGCCACCAAGCCAGCGGAACCUGGCAGAGCUGUCCUACCUGAAGCGGAGUGAAGCCAGUUGUCCUGUCCCCUCCGCUAGCAUUGCCCUCACGAGACCCAGCUUUGCUUCAAGCCAAGCAUCCAAAACUGCUGACAAAUUAGUUCAAGGAAGGCAGAACUCACCAAUGGUUAAACCAUCGUCUUCAGAGCGGGCCAAAGGUGAUUCAAGGACAGCGUCAUGGAAGCUGAAUACUGAGACGUCGGCCGCUCCCACAGCCAAACGGCGAAGAAGGUCGUCCCCUGGGCCCAUUAUCGUCAUCAAGGACGAACCAGAAGACGAGGAUGAAGUUCAUUUUGUGCAAUCCAGCCUUCCUGACAGCAGCACGGGGGCCCGUCCACACACACAACAGCCAAAAGCCUGUCCCCCUCUCCAAGCAUCACAACCGGACUCCAACCCGGCAAAACAGCAGCAGCAGCCUUCAGCGCAGCCCGAGUCUGAGAAGGACUCUCAGCCUGAGGACGAUCCAAACGAGGACUGGUGUGCCGUGUGCCAAAAUGGAGGAGAGCUGCUCUGCUGCGACAAGUGUCCUAAAGUUUUCCAUCUGGCCUGCCACAUUCCCGCGCUAAAUGAGUCCCCUAGUGGCGAAUGGUUCUGUUCAUUCUGCCGAGACCUCAUCAACCCGGAGAUGGUGUACAACUGCGAUAAGGACGACACACACUUGUCAGAAAGACUGCCACCUGUUGACCAAAGGAAAUGUGAGCGGUUGCUUCUACUUCUCUUCAGCAAUGACAUCAGCACCGACUUUCAGCACGCAGUGGACUCAAAAAGGUACAAAGAACUCAUCAAAACCCCGAUGGAUUUAUCGACAAUUAAAAAGAAGCUUGAGACAUGUGAGGCGGAGCCUUACGUCACUCCCGAGGGUUUUGUGGCAGAUAUCAGGCUCAUAUUUAUUAACUGUGCCAAGUACUAUAAGGCGACCUCAGAUGUGGGCAGUGCCGGUUUAUAUUUGGAAGACUACUUUGAGGAGCAGCUGAGGCUUGUGUACCCGGACAAGACCUUCCCCGGCGGAAGAGAGGAGGACAUGAUCCCACCGCUGGAGGAUGAGUUUGACGAGGAAGAGGAGCAGGAGCCGAUGCAGGAAAGUGCGCCCCCACCGGAGGACGUUAAAUCUGCCAGUCCUGCUGAGAAUACCACCCCCGCUGAGGAGGAGAAAGCCGCUCCUCCUGAAGAAGCUGAAGAGGAGACAUUACAAACUAAGGAGCAGGCGACUGAUAUGAACGAAAUAAGGACAGACAUAAAGGUGGUGGCCAUGGAGGUACACGAGCCACCUGCAGAGGACGUCAAGCAGGAGGAGGAAAUGCCUCCUGAAGACUCUGAAAGCUCCAAAAUGCUUCCUGAAGUCUCUGAAAGCUCCCCAAAAGAGGAAAGCAGUACCCUUCCUGGCGACAAGACCGAAGAAUCAGUUGAAGACCAGGACAGCACACAGGAAAAUGUCCCAGAAGAAACGAGAGAGGCCGAUUGCAACAGAGAAAAAGAUGUAGAAAAUGACGGCUGAUGUUGUCUUCCAUUUUUGCAAUAGGAAACUUGAGCACUGGACUUGUGAACAGACAUUGUGUAAUACUGAUCCUUGCUGGAGAUGCACAUUGGAGCAAUUGAAAUUUUUACAGGCUGGACACUUUUAAUAUUUUACUGUAGCAGAUGACACAAUACACUAAAACGGAACAGUAUACAGUCGUCCCUCGCAAUACCACGGUUAGAUUAUUGUUCCCUCACUUCAUCGCGUUUUUCCCCCAAAUUAACUAAUAAAUGAUCACUGUUUCGUAGUAAACUAUGGUCUAUUAUUAGUCAAAACAUUGAAAGACAAGUGGUAUGUAGUAUUCUAGUCGCUUGGCGGCAGUCAUGACACAAAUCAUUGAGACAUUACCUUACAUUGCAUUACCUUAAUAAUGCAUGAAGUCAUUUUUUCACUCUAUCAUGUCCUGACAUGAUUGAGUAAAAAAAAAAAAAAAGGUCCUCCUCCCAUUCCUUGUGGAAGUGGGACAUUUUUGGCUUAAGUUGAGAAGAAAUACAUUUAAGGCUAACUGGUUAGCUGGCUAGCUUGCUAGCUGGUGAUCGUCUAAAGCCCCUGCAGCUUAAGUUGAGCAAUGUGUUGUAAACAAAGAAUAACAGGAGUGUGAAGAUGACUAGAGGUGUUAUGUCACGUCUGCAGAGCUCUAAUAAUGUUAAAAACCGUAUUUCAGGUUUUCUAUGCCCAAACUACGAAAAUAUUCCAUUUAUCGUAAAGCACCGUGUAUUAACCGCACCUCCAUUUUCAGGCCCACGGCAGGGAAAACAAUUUUUUUACUUCAUAAAUGCUUGCCAACUCUUUCAUCUCAAAUCAACAUGCGUAAAGGUACUAAGCAAUUUCAAAAAGAAGAACAAAGGAGAAAUCUGCCGUCCAUCAAUUCAUCUGCAAUGGAAUUACAUAAUGCUGCAUUGCUUUGAAUUUGAAUUUGAAUUUGAAUAAACUCCAACGUUUAUUCAAGCAUACGCAAGCAUUUUCAGCAACUGUACAGCAGCGAGAGCGAAAGUCAAAGCAACUGUCUGACCCAAAGACGGAUUCCCAAAUGCGCUUCUGGUCAAUUUCUCCCUGUAUUUAUAGCCAAAUUCUGGCCUAGCGGACCCAAGCGUCCACGAACUUGCAUCUAGCGGCGCCAAACUUUGACUGGCCAUUGUUGGAGUGGUGAUGAACUUUGCUGUGGCGGAAAAUUGGCCGCUCAUAAUAUUUUGUGCAGCUCAAAGCUUUCGGAGCGGUAGGAGGGGCCAUCAGCGGCGGCCGAGCGGAUACGGCGUUGCCUUAACGGGGUCCAACUUCUGUUAAACGGUGGUGAACGAGCGGUGAUUAAUUUUUUUUCACCGCUCCAGGAACGCUACGGCAAAGUUCAGGCGGUGUGACCGGGCUUGUAGUACGAGUGAUCUUCCGCUGAAGCGUUGUAGAAGCGUUGUCUGAUAUUAUUUUUCAGUCCGAGUCUGGUCACAGACAUGUCAUCGUGUAUAAACCGCACCCCGAUUUUUUGCUUCCUAGAGGUGGAAAAAAGUGCAGUUUAUACACGGUGCUUUACGGUAUGAACGUUGAAUCUCAUCCAGCAGAAAGUAAUUCAUCACGGUGGAGGGACGGCUGUAGUACCGCCCAUAACAACGUACCGUGUUUCCAUAAACCCGGACAACAGUAUAUUGCUCUAUCCUGCAUGGUAAUUCCUCUUCUGUUUUAAACACAUUUGUUUCAAUGCAAUAGAACUCUUACUGUAUGCUGUGAGCCACUGUAUGCAUUCUUUUUGUACAGAAGCAAUCCCCCUUUUACUCAUCAAUGUCUUAUCAAACAGCUGCCUUGUUUUUUUCUUUUUUUUUAAUGAAUCAGGAGAACAUUUCUUUUCAGGCGUCUUUAUUAUCAGCUGCAGAUAAUUCCGAGACGUGACGAUCAGUCUUGCCCGUUUCUGUGUCCUUGUACUAGAUGAUGUAAGGCAACUGGAAAUAAUCUUUAUUUUUUUAAGUGCUUUUCACCAUAAUUUCAAUGAGGAUGUGUUUGUAAUAACUUCACUAAGUUAUUUGGUUUUAUGAGAGGCGAUGUCUCUCAGAAGAUGAUUAAAGGUGUAUUUAAUGCAAUUCAUAUAUAUACAGUAUAUAUAUAAAAAA